AUGGCCGCUCCUUAUUUAGAAUGUUUUUGACAGUACUUUGAAUUGUUUACUAUUUUUUUUAACAACCAUUAACUGCUUUACAACCAUGUGAAUUUUACCAAAAAGAAGCAACUAAAUAUUUGUGAUCAACGUAACAAUAACAAAAAUAAAGUAGCCACUAGUCAUGAUUAAACUAUAAUAUGGAUUAUAAAAGCACAGCAAUGUUACCCUUUUAUAUUGUGCUCUGCUUUCUAAGUUUGGUUGCAACCAAAGAUCUGGACGGUUAUUGUGCUCCUUACAAUGGAAAAAUCUGCAAUAGAUACUUGAACAGUACCACAAUGGUCUGGAUGUCACAGAGUCAGACAUCUCAGAGUCUAACCACGGAGCUAAUAACCACAAAUUUAUGGAAAGAGAUGAUCAACACAUUGAAAGAGCCCUGCCGCAGCUCAGCAGAGAAACUCCUCUGCACAUAUGCAUUCCCAAAAUGUAAUUAUAAUACAGACAGUGCAUUGCCUUUAUGUUAUGAAGAUUGUAUAGCUGUUAAGGAACAGUUUUGCCACAAUGAUUGGGCUUUGAUUGAGGAUAAUAAGAAGAGGGGUAUCUUUUUCACCUCACGGGAACAUUUUGAAUUACCUGAUUGUGAUAAACUGCCAAAAUAUGAACCCAAAGAUAAAAUAGCAACUUGCUCUUAUGUGGGCAUAAUGGAAAUCAAACCUGAAGAUGUGACAACUGACUGUGUGAAGGAUACUGGUAGGUUCUAUCAGGGCAAGUUGAAUAUGACAAAGGAAGGUUUGGAGUGCCAACGUUGGGAUUCCCAGACUCCGCACAAGCAUGAUAGGCCACUUCACUUCCUGCCUGAAAUCCAAGGAGCUGAAAACUUCUGUAGGAACGCCGGCGGCGAAGAGCACAUUCCCUGGUGUUUCACCACUAACGCAAGUGUCAGAUGGCAGCAUUGUAACAUUCCAAGUUGCGGAAACGCAACGAUACAUCGUGAGAUUGUCGAUGAUGGUAUUGUCAUGGACAAACUAUUCACUCCGACAUUCGUAAUGGUUACCUCCGGUAUAGGUUUAUUUACUUUAUUAAUAUUGUUCUUGAUUAUCUUGUUAUGCCACCGAAUGCAGAAGCACAAUCUCGGCUACAAUCCGACUGGUGUUCAAGAUGUUACCAUAGAUUUAGAUAAGUUGCCAAGUAAUAUGGCAUAUCACAGGACUGGUGCUCAAUUGAAUCCGAAUUUAGAGCAGCUAGAAUUCCCUAGGAACGAUAUCAUUUACAUUAAAGAUUUGGGACAAGGGGCUUUUGGUAGAGUGUUCCAGGCUAAAGCUCCUGGAUUGGUGCCGGGCGAGGAGUUCACUCUGGUCGCUGUGAAAAUGCUCAAGGACGAUGCAUCUGAAGAUCUGCAGGAUGAUUUCGAGAAAGAAGCCUGUCUCUUGGCUGAAUUCGAUCAUCCUAAUAUAGUAAAAUUGUUGGGUGUGUGCGCAAUUGGAAGACCGAUGUGUUUGUUGUUUGAGUAUAUGGGAAAAGGAGAUCUGAACGAGUUUCUACGGCAAUGCUCGCCUAGUAAUUACGUGUUAAGGAGCGGAAUGGAUGAAGAGCAACGGGAGAUCUUCAAAGACAACCAACUAGGACACGUUGAUUUAUUGGAGAUCGCUUUGCAAAUAGCGGCUGGCAUGGUAUACUUGUCUGAUAGGAAGUUCGUACAUCGCGAUUUGGCUACUAGGAACUGCCUGAUCGAUGAGCAUAUGGUGGUUAAGAUCGCUGACUUCGGUUUAUCCCAGAAAAUCUAUUUGCAAGAUUACUAUAAGGGCGACGAGCAUGAUGCAAUCCCCGUGAGAUGGAUGCCUCUUGAAAGCAUCCUUUACAACAAAUACACCCCAGAAUCAGAUGUUUGGGCGUUCGGUGUCUGCUUGUGGGAGAUCUUUUCUUUCGCGCUGCAGCCCUACUACGGCAUGACCCACGAGGAAGUUGUUAAGUUCUUGAAGGCCGGAAACGUUCUUCUAUGCCCAGAGAAUACUCCAGCUCCGAUUUACGAAUUGAUGAAGUCUUGCUGGGCGCAGAAACCAUCGGAUAGACCCAGCUUCAGGUUAAUCCACCAGACAUUAAACACCAUCAACAACAUGCACUCCAAUGUGUUACCUAUCCCUGCUGAAAGAUUGUAAAUAUCUAUUUUUUUUUUCAAGACUGAUUUAUCCAGAAAAAAAUUAAUAAAUGCAAUUUCAGGGAAUCUUUAUAUU